UACAAUAGGAGCAGACUGUCGGAUAGUCUCCUCAUAUUGCCUUCUUGGGGUGAGUUUGUGCAAUUGUCGCCUCUUUUUUGUCUUGUUAACCCUCUCCAUUUGGCCGUAUCGCCAGUUACCUCACUACUUAUUUUCCUGUACCCUUGUCAUGCAACCCUGCUGCAUAAUUCGUCCUUCACUUCUCCACCUUUCCAAUUCUCGCCUUUCACGAUCCGAUUGCCCACAACACCCAUUCCUGUACUCGUCUCUCUUCUGCCCACCUCUCUCACUCCAUUGGCGCGUCCCCACCACUCACCAACCCGAGUCCGUACAGAGCUGUUACGACGAUUGCACCUCAGUCAAUGGGACAAAUGCAUUAUCAGCGAAUCCUCUACAACCAAACUCUUUUGUUACACAAGCGCGAUGGCGUAUGUAGGCAUGAGUCUUCGGCCGAAAAUACACACCGUUAUGUGCAUGCUUCUGUACCAAUCUGCACAGAUGCACUCACGUCUGAGAAGGCACUUAAGAAAGACAAGUUACUAUUUUCACAUCUUGCCUGACACAGUUACAGCUCAAAUGAGGAGGCCGUUAAAUAACUCGCUCUCUGCUCGACUGGCCGACGAAUUCCGCUAA